AUGUUGAAAUCUUCCAUCUUAGCUUUGACUGUUUUCCUUGCCGGUACCGCCCUCUCCGCCGGUGUCGGUGGUGCUUGUUCAGGCCAUGGUGACUGCAACAGAGGCCUUGCUUGCUUGGUGGUGAACCCAGAUGAGCCUCCUCACUUGGCCAAGAGACAGUGUUUUCUCUCCAUCAACUUCUCACUUUCUCCAAUGUUGAAAUCUUCUAUCUUAGCCUUGACUGUUUUUUUGGCCGGCACCGCUCUUUCUGCCCAGCCUGGCGAUCCUUGUGUGACCCAUGCCGAUUGCCCAAAACUUGCAUGCUUGGUGGUGAACCCAGAGGAUCCUCCACACUUGGCCAAGAGACAGUGUGUUGACGGCAGCUGA